CAAAUAAUUCUUCUACAUAAAAAACCUGAUAUCAAUUUUAGAAUGUAUCUGUGAUUAAUGAUAAUAAAAUAUUCUAACUUUGCUGACCAAUUACAUUCUGUAGCUCUCAAUCCAUUGACGUACUUGGUACAAUAUUGUAAAGUGGAUCCGGUAAAAAGACAGUCUUCCAGGAAAGUGUAUAAUAAACACUGUAAAAUUAACAUCGAGGAUAGCCUUAAGCCUCAUCAUCUCCAAGCAGCACUUGAAGAUAGUUUUGGUCGUUUGUUCUCGUCCGAGACCAUGAACAAGCUACAGACGUUGGCAGGUUGGACAGAAGAGACAGUCAUUGAUGAAAUUACGUACAUUGUUAUCGCUGCUUUACUGGAGAGAAUGUUAUGUGAUGAAAUCAUGGAACCAAAUCUUAUGGAGAUUAACAGAAAACAUGAGAUUGAGGUUGCUGAUUUUAGCAGACUAGAAAUCAAACUAGGAGAUGUUAAAAUUUCUGAAAAUUUAAAAAAUCUGUUACAGUUUAUUGCUUCAUAAUAAGAAGUUAAUAAUAUUUCAAACUGAAAUAGCCUUGAAAUCCUUGCACUGUGCAGCACUAUUAGUGGUAAAUGUAUUCACUUGUAUGAAAGAAUAUUUCCAUAUAUACACAUUGUUAAGCACCUUGAAUAUAAAUUACAAUACAAAAAGAUCUCAAAGAAGGUUCACAGCAAAAACAAAUAAUUAUGAUUUAGAUAAUAAAUAAUAAAGUGAUUGCUGCCCAGUUGCUUCCCAUGGUUUAGGGUUGGGAAAUAGGGAUGACACCGUGCUAGGGGCCUCUACACUGACAAAUAUGGUGCAAAAGGACUUCAUUAUUGGCAGAAGGAGAAUCUGGACUGAACAUCUCUAGAUGUACAUCAAACCAAUCAAAUUAGAUUCCUUGAUGCAGUAGAAAAAUUAAAAUCUAAAGUUAAAACAAAAAUCAAGAAAGUCUACAGCAAACAUAAAUAACUAUUAAUGAGA